GAUUUCCGGCAUGGUACAAUGUUUGAAUACACAGAUUAAAACAGUACAAUACAAGAAUCGAUGAUCUGCAAAAAAUUUUGCGAUUGAUUUUGUCGAAUUUUUAUUUUUGGUAGAUAUUCUUUAUUAUUUUGUCCGGGCAUGACUGUUUUGCAAAAAACGUAACUGCCGUUGGCGGUUCACUGCGACAACAGGAUCUUAAUAAUUACUUACGAUUAACAAAACACUACUGUGAUUUAUUGAAACCGCCGAUAUGUAGUUUUGUGUUUUCUGUUGUUAUUUUAAUAUUUUAGACUUGCGUUUUUCGCACUCGUACAGAAUAAUACUAUACUUAUCUAUAAUUUUGUUUCACAAGAGCCUACAAGGUGCAAGUUCUAAACUACAGAGCCCACCUAGCAAAAGGUUUUCUGUGUUGAAUCAUGGCGUUCACCCUUUAUUCGUUGUUGGAAGCUGGCUUGCUGAUCGUGAAUGCAAUCGCAGUUCUCAAUGAGGAGCGAUUCUUGCGAAAGAUUGGGUGGGGACGAGAGCACCUUCAACCUGGAGCGGCGUAUUACCAAGGCGCUUAUGCGCCUCCACAGUCAACGAAAGCACAGAUCAUCAAUUUGAUCAACUCCGUUAGGACCGUCAUGAGAUUUCCCUUGAUUUUCCUGAACAUUGGAACGAUGAUUCUCCUCAUCAUUGCUGGAUAAUUUUAAUUAAGUUUUAUUUAGAGAUUUUACAGUAUUUUAAAUAAUCGUCCUCAGAUUUUAACUUGUUCGUCUCUCGUCUGCUUAGUCCACAAAGAACUCAAAGUGUAUGAUAUGAGAUACUGUAUAGCAAGUGUUGCAUAUCUUCUUGACUUUCUAGAACCGAUGUGUACUGCAACAAUUUGUAAAAUUUUGUCAGUUUGGAGAAGCAGUUGUGUGCUACGCUUUUAUGCACUGUAGUUGCACUCUGCGAUUAACAUUUAACAAGUAGGUAAUUUGCUAUCACCAUUAAAACAGAGUUGCAA